UUCCAAUUAACCCUGAAUGAGCGCCGGCUAGCAGGCUAGAUCACUCCGAAUUCUAUUUUCUUACUACUAAUUUUAUUUUUGCUUACUCUGCGAUUCGCUUAUUAUAGUAUGGAGAGGGGAGUAACACUCUAUUCAAACAAAAGUCAGUGUCCCUGUGUACCUUGGAAAUCCUAUGCCAGGACUCUUUAUGCACAAUACACAAAGUAUCCCCGCAAAGCAAAGAUGGCGGCUUUCGGCGACCUGUGUCUUCUGAAACAAAGUGAUCCGCGAGACACGGAAAAACUCAUUGUAAAAGCUGUUUCACUUGGAUACAGAACGAUCGCAGUCAACACUACCUUUCAUCUAAAAAAGGUGGCGAAACAGAAAAAUAAUCCUUGCCCAGAACCCACCGACUGGGAACUUCUGUCCGGGGUCCAAAAUUUGAAGAAAGUUAAUAGGAAUUUGCAAGUUCUGAAUCGCGUCACUGUGCCCCUGGAGGAAAAUGGUCAGCUUCACCAGCUAGCUAGCGAUACACUGCACAAAUAUGACCUAUUAGCCGUCAACCCGGCCACUGAUAAAUUGUUUCUUCAAGCAUGUUCAUCUUUGGAAGUGGAUUUGAUCAGUUUAGAUCUCACUGCCAGGCUGCCAUUCUAUCUAAAAAUGCCCCAAGUUCGUCAAGCUAUUGAUAGAGGUGUUAGCUUUGAGAUUACAUAUGGUCCAAUGAUCCGUGAUAACACGCAGCGUCGGUAUGUCAUUAGUAAUGCAGCUGACAUUAUCCGUGCAACUAAAGGCCGUGGUGUAAUUAUGUCUAGUGGAGCAGAUGGGCCAUUGGAUUUGAGAGGACCUUAUGAUGUUGCUAACUUAGGCGAGCUGCUCGGGCUUAAGCAGGAAAAAGCCAAGUCGGCCGUGUCAAGGAACAUCAGAGCUUUGUUGUAUCAUGUUGAAGCAAGAAAAGCGACUGGAAAGUCUACUAUUUCUGGGUGCCCUGUUGAAUCACUUACAGAACAAGAAAUGUGGAAGAUUGGUAAAAAGAAAGAAAGUGAUAGUGAGGAUUGUACUGAUAGCAGUGAGAUUGACACUGAUGACGAUGAUAAGGACUUGGCACCACCACUUAAAAAAGCUAAACGGACAGUUAAUCAAUAAUGUCAACAUCAUCAUCAUCCUUCAGCUAUGGCCAAGCUGUCCUGCACAACACUCUACCAUACUUCUCGGUUGGCCAUUGAAAAUGAUCAGGACUCCUUCUUCAGCGCAUUCUCACAGGAGGCAGAGGCAAUUAAGAAUAAUACUUGGUGUAUAAAUAUUGGUUUACGCAUCCCCUUUUCAUAUUGAUUUGUUUGGUCAUUUAGUGGACCAUUUUCUCUUAGGUAUAUUAUCCUCACAAUUUUUAUCAAUAUUCUUUUUAAUUGAGCAGAAAAUCCAGUCAAGUGGAAAGUUUCUUUUGAGCUCCCUGAAAACCCCUGGCUAACCCCCUUUCUGGUUACAGGCCUUAACACCAUUUUCUUCUUAAUGUGUGUGUGUGUGUGGGGGGGGGGGGGGGGGGAGGGGGUUGUGAUGUGCUGUAUCGAAUGCCAUCGCACAAAACAUGGUUGGAUGGCUUGCUUUAGCCUCGUCCCCAGACAUCUUGUGACAGCCCUCUGUUCUCAAUUAUUCUAUGCGAUUUUAUUUAAUGUGGGUUCUGGAGUGACUCACAAAAAUUGGUAAAUUUGCUCUUGGCUUUGAGAAUCUCACAAAACCAGGUUCAGUAGUGAGAUCUGCGUGAAUUCCUACCGUGUUUGACUUCAUGCUGAAACACUUAGAUAAAAGUUUUCCUUAUAAAGCAUAGAAACCUCAACCUCACUCAUAGUAGCCCAUAGACACAUCGAUUUUAUCGGUCUUGAAUGUUUUGUCAGACUUUACCAUAAGCUGCUCAGCCAAUAGAAGUCAGAGGUCGACAGCGGAUGAGGCUAGGCUUGACUGAUACCCACUAGAAAGAUGUCAUUGACCAUUAAAUGGCCUGUUUCAAUGUUAAAUAUGCAAGUCAUGUUUUUCCUUAAAACAAAAUGCUGGCUGUAAGAAGAGCUAUACAAAAUCGCUAGAAAUUCCUCCUCAAUGCAGAGUGCAGUGAACCCUAAAAUGCUAUCUUACAUAUGACUUUAUGUCAAGUAUUUCUUAGAAGACCCUCAAGAGGAAACAUUCUUUAGAGAUGUUAUCUUUAAAAUAAAAUCAUUUCUUUAAGAUUGCCUAAAUGAAAGUCCUACAAUGCUGAUAAACUUGUUCCUAUUACAUUUUUUUAAGGUAACAGGAAAAAAGAAAAACAGAAAUUUGCUCCAGGCAUUUGUAGAAUUAGAAAUGCAUUUAUUACUGGGUUUUGUGUGCAUGUGUUGUGUUUUGUGUGCAUCAGUUUAUUUGCCUUCCUCCUUUGUGUGCUAAAUGGAGUAUUAAAUGCUGCUAUAGUUUUAUGGAAAAAGUCUAAAAAUACCUAUGUUUUAAAAUGUUUUAAACUAUUUAAUAGGAUUUUUAAAGCAGUAUCUAACGCCAUUUAAUAAAGUAUAUGAUAAAAUAUAAGAAAAAAAUAUUCGAAAAAGCA